AAUUGCUCGUAGACCAAGCAAAAUCACGUCUUAUUACCUUCGAAUUCUCCACGCAGACAACGAUCAGCAAGUAGCAUGGAUCUCAUAGGACGUGAGGCUCCUGAAGGAACCAAGCUAUGGCUCUUGCAUAUUGGGAAUUUGAAGGCUGACGAAGCAUUCUUUAUCGCUGGUGCUAAUGUUGCUACCGCGAGCAAGCCGAAUCCAGAACACGUCAGGCGGUCUUUAGUAAUGGUUGCUGCUCUGAUUUCUCAUCCGACGGAGGGGCUGAUUCUGUUUGAGACGGGUGCCGGCAAAGAUUACCCAACUCUUUGGGGCCCACAGCUCAACGAUAUUUUUGCUCGCGAGGAUUACGUUGAAGAUCAGGAACUGGAUGCAGCAAUUCGAAAAACGGGGAACGACAUCAAGGACGUAAAGGCUGUGAUCAUGGGACACCUGCAUCUAGACCACGCUGGCGGACUCGAACAUUUCAGAGGCACAAACGUGCCAAUCUAUACUCAUGAGCUGGAACUGAAACACGCUUUCUACAGCGUGGCGACUAAGACUGAUAUCGGCGUUUAUCUACCCAGCUACCUCCAGUACGAUCUCAACUGGACCCCUUUUCACGGGCACGGCCUAGAGCUCGCGAAAGGGCUCAUGAUUCGUCACUGCCCUGGUCACACGCCAGGUUUGUGUGUUCUUCAGGUCACUCUGAAGAACAGUGGAACGUGGAUAUUCACAACUGACCACUACAUCGUCAAGGAGAACUAUGAGUCCCUUGCUUGCCAAGGAUGGUUCACUAGAGACCAUGCGACCUGGUUGGUGUCAAGCCAGAUGAUCAAGUCGAUACAGAAGUUGACAGAUGCCAAGCUGAUUUUUGGGCACGAUCGUGAUGCGCUUUUCAAAUUCAAGCUUGCGCCGAAUUACUACGACUAG